AUGACAACCACGACCUCUCCCGCACCUCCCCAUCCCCACAACGCUGCACCUACCGCCUCUGCUUGGAACCGUGACCAAUCCUCGGCUCCCCGGCUCGCCAACCCCUCUGCCCACCUGAACGGCUCUCACCCUCUCCCCGGAAACCCCCACAUCAAUGGCGGCGGCGCUCCAGUGAACGGUGCCGCACCCGUGGCUGUUGGCCACUCUCGCAAGGGCAGCAUCAUGGUCGGCGGCGACAUGGACAUCAAGCGGGGCAACCUUGCUUUCGGCACCGUCGACUCGUCGAACGGGAUGCUGUCGUCCUCGCCUGCCGCCCCCUCGAUCACCGGGUCUCACCUCGCCGAUGCAGUCAAAGCUUUCGGCUCGGUCCCCGCGGACUCGGCCGAUCCCGACGCGCUCAAGCCGCCCAGUCGCAAGCCGAGCAAUCUUGCAUCGACCGUCAGCCCCCCUCCCGGUCAGCCGGCAAAGAAACAGCCGGACAUCCACGCGAUGUUUGCUGGCAAGCCUGGCCAAUCGAUGGAGAGGCGCCAGUCGUCAGGCCAGAAUGGCCAGUCGAUGGCACCAAAUGGGCAGGGGAUGGGCCAACCCGGACCUCAGUUCCACCAGGGCCAAUCGCAGUACCGCCCAACUCCCAGCGGUAUGCCCAACUACAACCCAUUCCGCCCUUCCCCAAUGCAGAACCCUAUGGCUCGGCCCGGCGGCGGACAGGCUUCGAUGAUGGGGUAUGGAAGUCCUCAGGGACAGUACAUGAACUACCCAGGCCAGCAAAACUUCUACCCCGGCUACUACCCCGGUCAGCCUCCUCAGCAACCACAGCAACCUCCCUCGCAGCAGCAACAGCAGCAAUACGGCAUGCCUCCUCAGCAGUGGGCUCCGCCAAACAUGGCCAUGUCGUCGCCGCGCGGUCCAAUUCCCCAGGUCCAGUCUCCUGGUCCUCACCCCACCGGACUGCCCAACGGCGCCGCCGCCAGCCCCGUCAUGGCUCCUCAAAUGCGCCCACCAACUCUUUCCCCCCACAACGGUCCCUCCACCCCAUCUCGCUCUAUGCAACCCGGAGCUGCCUUCACUCCCGGCGCUUCGUCCUUCACCCCCGGGGCCAACUCAUUCUCCAUGUCUGGCGGUGCCAGCUCUUUUACCCCUCGUCAGUCCAAGGCGAUCAAGAUUGCUCGUCCCGACGGAACGGAGGUCGACAUCAAAUCCGUUGCUGUCAAACCUGCCGUUCCGGCGACAGAGGAGGCAGCUCCCGUGGCUUCUCCAGCUGCGUCAAGCACCCCGGCCAAGAAGCCAUACUCUCUCCCGGUGGUGGUGCGGCUCGAGUCUGAGGAGCAAAAGGCUCAGCGCUUGAAGGAGGAGGCAGCCAAGGAGAAGAUCAGGGCGAUCGAGGCUCAAGAGGAGAAGGAGCGCAAGGAGCGCAAGGAGAGGCAGGCCAAGGAAGCUGAAGAGAAGAAGGCCGCUGAGGAGAAGGCCAAAGCGCAGAAGGAAGAGGAAGAGGCAGCGGCCAAGAAGGCCGAGGAGGAAGCGGCCGCGAAGAAGGCGGAAGAGGACGCUGCCAGGGAGGAGAAGGAGAAGGCCGACAAGGAGGCAGCAGACAAGGCCGCGGAGGCCAAGCAGGCCGAAACUCCCGCACCAUCCACCCCCGCACCCUCUUCCCCAUCGACAGCGACCGCGGGUCUCCCAGCCAAACCCGUCGAUGUCGAGGUCAGCUCGCCUGCGAUGACUGACCGGACCGAGGCGAGCCAAACAAAUCUCUCGAUCGCCCGUCCCAUCGAGGACCUAUCCAGCAUCUCCUACCCCAACGCCAUCCAACCCCCCGUAUCGGGCUUCAACGACAACGCCGAGCCAGGCAAGUUCCGCUACGACCGGGACUUCCUCAUGCAGUUCAUGCAGCUCUGCAAGGAAAAGCCGGAAGGACUCCCCGCGCUCGAGGACAUCGGUCUCGAGGCCGACACUACGAGCGGCUUCGGCACACGAGGCGGACGAGGCGGACGGGCAGCCGCAGCUCGAGGUGGUCCGGCCGGACUCGGUAUCGGAGGCAUCGGACGACCCGUUGCUCAGGGGAUGGGCGCUUUCGGAAUGGGCAACUUUGGGUCUGUCCGCGGAACCACCAGCGAGCAACGGUAUCAGAACUCGCUCAACCAGCCGCGGGCGCCCCAGGGUGUACGAGUGCCCAGCUCGGGUGGUCCUCACGGCCUGCCAGCCAUGGCUCCAUCCAUGUCUUCGCGUGGUGGAGAGCGGAGGAGCGGACGAGGCGGACCCCGUCAGGGACGACCUCCCCCCCCAUCCUUUGCACAGGAGCCGGAGGUCGCCCCGUUGGCCAUCAGUCAAAACUCCUGGGUCAAGGCCCGUCCCACCGACAAAGACGAGAGCUCGCCAGCGUUUGUCGAGCGAAAGGUCAAAUCCCUCCUCAACAAACUCACUCAGGAGAAGUUCGACUCCAUCUCGAAGCAGAUCGUCGAAUGGGCCAACCGGUCCAAGAACGAGACGGACGGUAUGUCACUCAAGCUUGUUAUCAAGCAAGUCUUCGAGAAGGCUACCGACGAGGCGCACUGGUCGGAAAUGUACGGUCGGCUUUGCCGGACACUCCUCGACGAUCUCGACCCGGAGGUUACCGAGGUCAUCGACGACAAGCCAUUGUCGGGCGGUGUGCUCUUCCGAAAGUACCUUAUCGGGCGGUGUCAGAUGGACUUCGAGGCGGGAUGGAAGGCUCGUGAGCUUGCUGUCACUGCGGCAGCGGCCAAGAGUCAGGAGGACAAGGAUCGCCUGGCCAAGAAUGAGGCAGACAAGGAGGAGGGCAAGGAGACGGAGGCGGCCAUGCUCUCGGACGAGUACUAUGCCGCUCAAAAGGCAAAGCGGCGCGGAUUGGGCUUGGUGCAGCUCGUCGGAGAGCUGUACAAGCUCGAGAUGAUCUCCACCAAGGUCAUCAAGACCUGUCUCCAAACCCUCUUGGCCAACGUUACCGACCCGGACGAGGAGGACAUCGAGUCCACCUGCAAGCUCCUCACCACUGUCGGCGGGCAGUUCGAGGCUCAGGUGCCGGAGAACAUGACACCGGUCAUGACGCGCUUGAAUGCUAUUCUGAACCUGGAGGGAACAUCGUCUCGAUUGCGUUUCAUGAUCAUGGACAUUAUGGACCUCCAGAAGCACCACUGGAAGUCAAAGAAGACCCAGUCGAGUGUCAUGACGAUCGCCCAAAUCCAUCAGCAGGCGGCCAAGGAGCAGGCGGCCAAGGCGGCUCACGCUGCCCAGUCGACACGCGAGUCCAUGUCCCGCGGCGGGUCUCGGGCCGGGCGUCAGCGGAACGACGAGUGGCAGAACGUGCAACAGCCUGCUCGUCUGCCGCAGCGGCCGGCGGACAUGUCCAACCUCGGCAAGAUCUCUACAUCCCAGACUGCUCCCACCUUUGCCGGCCCAUCCAGCGUCUUCAGCAAGCGCGGCAAGCCGGCGGUCGCUACACCUCCCCUCUCCCGUCAAACCUCUACCGCCAACAUGUUCAGCGCGCUCAACGACGCCGCUGAGCCUGCCGCUGAAGCCGCACCCGAGCGCAAGCGGCUUGUCCUCCAGCCCCGUUCCGUCCCCGCACCAGGCGAGGAGGCGGACGAAGCGGAGGCAGGCGAAGUCGAGGAGGGCGAAGAAGAGGAGGAAGAGGCAGAGGAGGCCCCAAAGUCGUCGGCGGGUAUGUCGGAAGAGGCGGCCAAGACAAAGGUUGCGUCAGAUAUGAAGGAGCUGUGGGGAGAGAAGGAUCAGGGUGGAUCGAGAAAUCCGGACGACAUCGUCGAGUACUUCAAGGCCUUGCCAGAGGAACGCCAACCAUUACUUUCGGCUCAGCUUAUCGACGAGGCCUUCCGGCUGUCGAAGCUGAAGGACGCGGAUAUCAUUGCCAGGGGUCUCAAGCUUUCUCUGGAGCAGAACGCGGCGACAGUGGAGGUAUUGAAGAAGGGAAUCGAGAACCACAUGGUCAGCUUGGACGACGACGCUAUCGACUUCCCCCAAGCCUACAAGGCCAUCGCCCUCUUCAUCCGCAGCCUUUCCCUCCCCGACGCCGAUAUUACCGACCUUCUCUCCAAGGUCGAGGUGUAUGGCGAACCCAAAAUCACGCCGACGGACAAGUUGAACAAGGCGUUGGCGGCGGUAGAUGAGGAGGCCAAGGCGUCGGCCUGA